AAAGUUCCUUUUGGAAACGAUAUUAUACUUGUUAGUACCAUUUGGGUUGUCUAAGAACUAGCUAGCUACUGUUACUAAAGAUGGCUGAUAUAAGGGAUGAGUUUGGCAACCCAGUUCAACUAACUGAUGAACAUGGUAACCCAGUUCAAUUAACGGAUGAACAGGGUAAACCAGUGCAUCUAACUGGUUUUGCCACCACGGAACCUCCUAUCGCUAGCACGACUGUGGUCCAAAGCGAGGUGCCACCUACUGGCCUUUUGGCUAGUUCUGGCAAGGAGGAAGUAACAGAGAGUCGGACUACUGCUCCGAUUGCUGGAGAGCAUGGUGCUGCUGGUGACGAGGAUAAGUAUAAGAAAGAAGAGAAGAUGGAUGAGGGUUCUAAGGAUGUUCAAAGAUCCAGCAGUUCAAGCUCUAGUUCGUCCGAGGAUGAUGGGCAAGGAGGGAGAAGGAAGAAGAAGGGGUUGAAAGAGAAAAUAAAAGAGAAGUUAACAGGAGGAAAGCACAAGGAAGAGCAUGGACAGACAGAAAGUGUAUCCACCACAACCACUGCAACCGCCCCAGCAGAAGCGCACCAAGCACAUGAAAAGAAAAGUAUGAUGGAGAAGAUCAAGGAAAAGCUGCCCGGCCACCAUAGCCACCAUAGCCAAUGAAGAUUUAUAUAUGACUAAAUAUCAUGUACAUGUGCUCUUGGAUUUGUAGGGUUUUGUUACUUAGCUAGCUAGUUGGUGGAUUGAAAUGUUUUGAAUUAAUGAAGUUUGUUUGGUUAUUGUUGUAAUAAUGGAUGCUGCAUUUUGCAGAUACUGUAUCUUUGAUGGGUUAUGUGUUGUUUGGCACCAAAGUAUGGGCAUCCGUUUGUCUUGUGUCCAUGAGCUUGUUGAAACAAGAUUGGUAAUGCUACAGAAUCAGAAUUAUCUCCA